AUGAAAAUAAUUGAAGUAGAAACCGAUGAUAUUGGUACAAUUAAAUCAAUUAUCGAUAUUCUCAAUGGAACUGUUCCAGAGGCAAAUGCCGACUUCAUAAAGGACGCUAAAGCAUUUAAUGCCAUGCUCGACAAACAAAAUAAAACAGAUCUUGACUCUAAAUCUAAAGAAAAUAGUGAAACAGACAAUGACAAUAAUAGUAACAGUGAAAGUGAAAGUGAAAGUGAAAGUGAAAGUGAAAGGGACAGUGACAGCGACAGUGACAGCGACAAUGACAGUUAUAGCGACGGCGAAAGAGACAGCGAAAGAGACAGCGAAAGUGAAAAUGAAAAUGACAAUGAAAAUGAAAAUGGGAGCGAUGUCGAUAGCAAUGACGAAGAAAACGGUGAUGGAAAUAACGAAAAAUCGGUUGCGAAAUCCGCAAAUCCCGGACAAAUAAAAAUACUUACGACCGAUCAAAAUCAGGUUAUGAUUAUUUAUAUUGUUCUUAACGGGUCGGGAUUUAAUAAGUUUGUUGUACAUCCGGAUAAAUACAGCGUCGGACUCAAUCUUGACGAGUUGUCAAAAUAUAUAAAAAAUGUCGAGAAAGAAGGCACGAUGUCAAUUCAUAUUGAUUCCGACGAUACACAGCAUAUUAUUUUUGAUGUAAAAGGGGAUAACUCCGCACACGAGUCUAUAUGCGAGCUUCGCGUUGUAAAUCUUCCUUCAAGAACCGAUAGAAAGAUCGAGAUUAAUUAUACGAUGGUCGUUCGUAUUAAUUGUCGUGCCUUUCAUAAAGCAUGUAAAGAUCUAAUGCAAUUUUCUCAAUUUGUUGAGAUUACUUGUGAUCCGUCGCAGUUGGCAAUUACUUGUAAGGGCGAUAUGUCUAACCAUAAAAGAAUUUUUAAAGCUGACGAUACUCAGGGCGGAAUUGUUAUUAAAACCAUUAAAAAUAACGUCGAGGGGGACAACAAAACGGACGUACCUGAUAUCAUCCGUUUGGUUUUUGACUUAAAAUACAUAAAUAGUAUGUACAAAUGUUCGAAUCUAUGUGAUGAUAUGGUAAUAUAUCUUAAUACCGAAUCGGAAACAAUAAUGUUUCUCAAAUACGGUAUUAAAUUAAUGGGCGAUAUGCUUGUCGGCAUAUCCCCUUCAAGAAAAAAGAAGGGUUAUGCGGAUAAUUAUGAUGAAAAUAUGGACGACUUCUACAAAGAUGACGAUGAAAUUUUGUUAAUCUAG